AUGAGUUCGUAUAAUGGUAAAACUAUUCAACAAUCAUUAGAUGAUAAUGGUAUUGUUUUAUUUAGGAAAAACGAAUUAAAUAACAAUAAUAAUAAUAAUAAUUUAAACAAUAAUAAUAAUAAUAAUAAUAAUAAUAAUUUAAAUAAUAAAAUAAAUCUACCUGCAUUUGGUAAAAAGAAGUUCAGUGAAGAAGAAGCAAAAAGGAUUCAAGAACUUCUAAGUAAGGAUGUUGAUUCUAGUGUUUUAAAGGUUAGGGAAGUUCCCGGUGGUUCAAAAUCAGCAUAUUUAGAAAAAGAUGAAGCAAUUAAAUUAGCAAAUGAAUUAUUUGGAGAUGAAGGAUGGUCAUUAAAGAUAAUAUCAAUGUCACAAGAUCAAAUAGAUGUUAGUCAAUUUGUUUAUACAGCACAUGUUAGAAUAAUAUUAAAGGAUGGUUCAUACAGAGAGAAUGUUGGUUGUGGUAAUACAAGAAACAUUAACGGUAUUGCCAAUGCAAAGAAAACCGCAAUUUCUGAUGGUCUAAAACGUUGUCUCAAACUUUAUGGCAAUGGUUUAGGUAAUAGUUUAUCAGGUAAUAAAUUCAAUAAAAGUAUUGUUAAUUAUAAUAACAAUAACAAUAAUCGUAUCAUUAAAAAUGAAAAUAAUAAUAGAGCUCAACAACAACUACAAUUACCACCAGCAGUAUUAACAGCAACAACUACAACAACAACAUCUGUAACACUUAAUAUACCACAAAGUAAAAUCGAAAAUAAUAAUAAUAAUAAUAAUAAUAACAAUGGGUUAUCAACACCCGAAGCAACUGUACCAUAUCAAUAUAAUCACCAAAAUGUAAAUAAUAAUAAUAAUUUAAAUAAUAAUAAUAAUAAUAAUAAUAAUAAUAAUAAUAAUAAUAAGAGUAAUAAUAUUGGACUUUCACCACCUAAACCACCUGGUGUUACAUUUCAUCCUUAUGGUAAUAAACCAUUAAAUAUUAGUCCUUCUCAUGUAAAUAAACAACCAAUAAUUAGUGUUCCUCAAAAAGUGAAUGUAUCAAAUUCUUUUCAUCCUCCUCUUCAACAACAACAGCAACAACAACAACAUUCACAACAACAUUCUCAACAACAAAUGGAGGAUAUAGAAAUACAAGAGUUUUCAUUAGAAAUGGAUAGUGCCUUAGUUGAUGUCCAAUAA